AAUUUUCAUCUGUUUUUCCUGAUGAAAAAGGCCAAGAGAAUUUGUACUGGGGCCUACCAGCAAGACUUCCCUUCUGAAGAAGGGAGCACACCUCUCUUCAGAGUCCAGGAAGCAUAUUUAAAGCAGCCAGUGUCCAUUUCGCUAGGCAGGAGCAGGAGAGAGGCGCGUCCUUUGGUUGUCCAUCAGAGUUUUCUAGAUAGUUACGGAGAUGAGGCUUCCCUCGGAGACAAAAAAGUACGCUUCAGGGAGCCAUAUGCUUCUAUGACAAAUGAAAAACAGAGAGAUUUUUCCCCAUCUAAAUAUCAGCAUCUCUCUCCUAAACACCAGAAUCUUGCCUUCGUCAGAGACCAGGAUACUUACAUCAAGCAACCUUCGAGUGCUGAAAGAUGGGCUACUGAAACAGGGAUCGCACCUGGAAUGCCAAGCUUAUCCAGCAGGCAGCAAUCAUCUGUUGGGACAGCUGAAAGAUGGAAAGAGGACUUGCUCAUGAAUGCCUAUGAGCAGCUUCCACCAAAAAUUCAGAAGGAGACUUCCAGAAGAAAGCAGGUUUCUGAUGAACAUCCGUCAGGACUGAAAGCAGAAUCUCAGACUCUUCUGGCAUUUCAGUCUGGAGCAGAUCAAGAAAAAGACAAGAAAGAGCGUCAACAGCAGUUCCUGAGAUAUAGACGGCUUUUUAUGGAUAUUGAAAGGGAACAAGUAAAGGAACAACAAAGGCAAAAAGAGUUUAAAAAAAAAGUUGAAAGAAUUAAAAAGAAGAAAGAGCAGCAGUGCCGUGCCGAAGAGCAGAGGCUGCUAAGGAAAAGGUCUUCUGAAGAGCCGAGUUCCAGGGAAACACCAAGCGCUGAGGACAAGCUCUGGCUCAAAGAGAUUGAAGAAGCCAGAGAGAAGCAGCGGAGGGAAAGGGAGCAUCAGAGGUACCUAGAAGCUUUACAAGCCCAAAUCCAUGAGAAGCUGCAGCUGUAUGGUAUCACAUUACCUGCACUGUGCUACUGUAGUCCUGAUUUUUGGGGCACUCACCCUGAUACCUGUGCCAACAACUGUAUUUUCUACAAAAAUCACAAAGCCUAUACCCGUGCACUAUAUUCCGUCAUCAAUUCCUGUGACAUCCCCGAGGGACACGGAGCUCUUCGCAUGGCCAUCCAUGAUUAUAUUUUCGCAUACAGGCAAAAGAAAGUGUAAUGAGAACCUGAAAUCAAGUGUGAGUCUCAAACCUUCUGUUAAAAGCAACCCUGAGAGAUUAUGUAGCGGGCAAAUGUUGAAUCUGGAAAGGCCUGUCCCGCAUUACAAUGUAAUGGAGCCAUAGGGUCGCCAUUGCUCCCUCCUCCGCCUCAGGAUCAAGAGUGAGACUUCAUCUCUGGUCUUGCCUCCUCUUUGCUGCAAACAUCAUUGAAGUUAGUUUAAAAAUGAUUGCUCAGGGUUGGGAGCUGGUUGCUCCGGGCGAGAGCUCUGAAGGCGAGUGUUUGCAUGCCUUGUCCUCUAGUGUGCCCUUCCCACAACGGAGAUCAUCAUUUGGUCCAGUUAUUUUUCUCCACUCUGAUCAGAAGAGAUCUCAAGAAACCCUUCACAGGAUCUCAUGCACUGUUUUUCUAAAACAAAAUCUUUGCAUCUUGACACUAUUGACCUAUGAAGACAAAGUUGAAAAGGUGAUGAAAAUGAGUCUCUGAGCCUUGGUCAUAGUCUGUACUGUUGUCAGCUUUUUGCUUUGUGUUUAAUUAGAGAUGAGGAGAAUCUGGUGAACUUUUUUUUUCACACUCUUUUCUUUAAAUUAUGACUUCGUUUCUUGUUCAGCAAGCAACUUUAGACAGGGAAUUUUUUUUUAUAUAUUUAUAUUUUUUAUUGUAAAGAAAACUUUUCUUGAGCAUUUUCUGUAUGAAACAUUUUAAAAAUUGAAUCUUCAAGGGGCCAGAGCGGUA